GGUCUUUGAAAACUCUGUUAAAUGGCCUCCUCCAGCGCUGUAGAAGAUGAGCAUCUCACAGAUUCGGAUUUAACCGAUGAUGAGGAGCGCAGCGUAGUACCGCGCCAGGAAGAGCUGCGUCCCGAAACCCCGAAACCCUCGUAUGGCGACGAGGAACUGCACCAGCUGGUGGGGUACAUACAGCGCAUGAGUGUGUUGAGCUGCUUGGAUCAUAGAGACUGGCAAGAGGGAGCCCUGGACAUUAUCCGCCGUUGGCUGCUGGAGGUCCACGAGCCCCUGUUGACCAUUUACUACGAUAGAGAUGCACUAUCCGCCUGUCUGGGCAUUCCAGCCACUUGUGUUUCAGACCUGAGCUACUUUCGCCGGGAACCAAAUGAGAUCUUUAGCGUGGAGGGCUUCCACGAUGAAGUGAACUUUGGAACCCUGACGAGCGAUGUGGAUGGAUGUUUGAUGGAUUUGCUGGAUCGCUUGUACGCCCCCUUCUUUCGGAACUACAGUGAAUGGAACGCCACGGUGCGAAAUCGUUUCUGUUCCAGCCUGGACAGAUUCCUGGCCUUCCUCACUGGUAUGCAUCACCAAAUCUCUGGGGUAGCCGUGCUGUAUGUGCCCUAUGUUAUCAAGGAAUUGGCAGCUGGACCCGUUGACAGGCAGUUGGUCAGGAGUCUGGAGGGCAUCGCCCUGUACUGGACCACACAGAUCCGCACUUUGCUGGGAGACGACACAUUGACGGUUCCCCAUGAUCUAGUCACCGUACGGGAUGAGUUUGAGUUUUGGGAAUAUCGCUAUGAAGUUCUUCAAGGAAUCAACGACCAGUUGGCUCAAUCGGAUGUUCAGAAAGUGUUGCUAUUGUUGCAUAACGCCCAUUCGGUGCACAUGUCACAAAUGGAUGGUCUUAUAGAAAGGGCCAAUCAGGAGCUCCUUAAAGCACUGUCCAACAUUAAGUUUCUUCACCUGCUGAUCGAGCCUUGCUCUAAAAUCGAUGUGGCCGCCAGCCCGGCGGACUUGAGCAAGCUUUUACCACGUAUUAUCCACCUUAUACGCUUUAUUUGGUUGAAUUCAGAAUAUUACAAUACGACUCGACUUAUAGCUGGACUGUUCCGGAACUUGAGCAAUCAGAUCAUAAAGUUCUGCACGGAUCACACCAAAGUUGAAGACAUCCUCUCGGGAAAACCACGGUUUGGUAUUCAAAUAUGCAAUAAUGCCAUCGAUUGCUGCCUGGCUUACAAGGGAAUCUACAAUAAAAUGUCUAAAGAAUUGGCCGGGAAAGAGACCAAAUUGCCUUGGGAACUGAACGAAGGCCUGAUCUUCAACCAUAUCGAUGCCUUUGUCGAGCGAUUGAACGAUGUGAUUGACAUUUGCGAGUCCAUGAUUGUGUUUGGUCGCUUGGAUGAAAACGGGAGUAUACCGAAGCCCGCUUUUGGCGGCACUUGUGGCGAUGAGCUGGAGAGGAUUGCCGAAAAUGUGGAGCAACAGUUUCUGGACACCCUACAGCAACUGCUGGGCAGCUCGCAGGCAUAUAUUUUAAAUGUGCAUCGCUCGGAUUGGUACAAGGAUGUGGCCAAUUUCCGUAGGAGCAUGCAGAAGCUGGAGGAGACUGUCCAGCGGCUAAUCUUCAAUGUUUUCCAGCGCGUGUCGAACGUGGAGGAGACACUGGAGGCCCUGCAGGCCAUGCUGUUCUACUCCUACCGUCAGAGGGGAACUCUGAGGAAGACAUACCUGAUGGAAGUGAGCAGAUUGUGGAGGCUGUUCUCCAAGGAAAUGGAUGCCACCUCGAGAAAACUACUAGAGGAGCGAAGACAGGAAUCCUGGAUAUCCAAACACGUUUCCACAGCUCUCAACUACCGCAUCAAUUUGGAACGUUUGGCGUGGCUAAAGGACCGCUUAAAGAGCGCCGAGUGGUUGCCUUCUGACAAGGAAUCCUCUCCUGUGCUGGCCAAAUUCGAUUCACUGCGUCAUGAGUUUCAAAAGGAAAUGCGACUGGCCUACGAAGACUGGGUGGUCAAGUGCUGUGGCUUUUCUGGGGAUCUCAGCCAGCGUUUGGACCGCUACUUGAUGGUUCGCAGUAAGAAGUUCAAAGGCCUCCUGGAGUGCAACGUUGAUCCAUCUGUAUUGGAGCUAUGUGAGCAGGCUCAGCACUUUGAAAGGCUGGGAUUCGCCAUCCCCAACACCCUGAAAAAACUGUACGAACGUUACGACACAAUAAGAUCCUUGUACAAUAGUGUUAUCCAGCUUGCCCUUAGACAUAACUGCAUUUUGACCGAUUUGAGUGAGAAAGAACGAAAACUGUUCCGACCCUUGAUUCAAGCCUGUGAUCGCCAGCUGGCUCCGGGGAUAUUCAAGAUUACCUAUGGCUCUGAACUCAACGAGGAUUUCUUUGAAGAUGGCAACGAGUUCAUCGGGGAGUUCCAGGAGUUGGUUCACAUAUUCAAGCGUGCCAAUCGGGGCAUGGCGAGGACUUGUGAGAAGAUCUGCGACACUUGUCUCAUGCAUUUUGCAUUCGCUGGCGCCGUAGAUAUAUCCGUGUUUCGGCAACAUUUGUCCGCCAGUCUAAACUCCUCCGGUGACAUCCUGAGGAGCUACUACAGCAACAUAUUGGAGCUCUUGUUCGCCUUUAGCCGGCAGUUCCAGUCGGUGGAUGAUGAGAUGUCUUCGGAGUGGAUAACUUAUGUGAAUGAUCUGGAUGACAUGCUAGCCAGUGCUUUGAUGACCAGUGCCCGCGGGUCCUUAAACAUGCUAUACAAGGCCCUCCACUGUGAAGAGGACAUGGCAUCCGCUCCCAUAAUCGUCCUUGAAUCGGAUGUGAAAGACGGGCGAAUUGUCUUCACUCCCGACAUGGAUGCUAUCGAAGAAACGAUGAAUGGAAUCGUGGACAGUAUUCGCAGCAUGUUGGAUCAGUUUCCGAGGCUCGGGUAUAAACUAAAGCUCCCGAAGAAGCAGCAGCGUCAGGGAUUCGCCAGCGUUUUCCGGGAAGAUCAGGAGUGCUCGGACUUAAUGAGAAGCAUACAAGCAGAGAUCGCUAGACAGCAGGACGAGAUGGCCAAGUAUGAAAUGGUUUGGAACCAACAUCGUGUCCUUUGGGAGAUCACGGAGGAGGAAUUCCGACAGCGAUUGAUGAGCAGUUCCCGGACAGCCGGUGUUUUUGAAGGUGCCAUCGAACACUACAGUGCAUUGGCAGACGACGUGAUCUUCGAGGACGCCAUUACGAACGUGUACUUCAUACUGAUUAACCAGAACGCUCUGAAGAGCACCAUCCUAGAUUGGAUUGAAAAGUGGCAGGCCCUCAAUAUCAAUAUGUUGCUAGAUCAUGCCAGCAAUUUAAUGAGAGCCACCUACCGAUACAUGGGUCGCAAUGAGCGUAACGUGAUGAAAGUUCCUCGUACCAUUCGUGAAACCGUGGUUGCCAAACAGCAUUUUGAAAAACUCCUCAAGGAAGUACCAGUGAAACAAUCAGCUUUUACUCCGAUGCUGGAACUCUUUGUGCUUCUGCACAAAUACGAGGUGCAGCUGAACGAGAAGACAUAUCAGCAGGUGAUGGGAUUGGAGUUGGCCUGGCUGCACUACCUCCAAGUCCUGGGAGAGGCGGAUGAAAUGCUAGAUAAUGAGGGCAGUGAAACCAAAUCGGAGUUGGCCAAACAUGGUGAAAAGUUCAAGUUAAUACUAAAAGAAUUUCUAGAAGAGUUCUACUCCAAAUUACCCAAGAAAUAAGAAAAUCACAGUUA